GCCGAUGGCCCUAUUCUUCUCUCGACGGUCAUAGCACGGGCCCGCGCACUGCCGUCCACACCUCUUCCUUUCACCCUCCACGCCACUUAUCGGCCACCCUCCCUUUCUUGGUCCGACACGAUGACCAGCUUUGCAGAUCUCCUCCAACUAGCGCAUACACAGACGCAGCAGGCCGAAAACCAGGUGCAGGCCGUGCUCGCGGAGCGCAAGCGCAAGGAGGCGGAGAAGCGGAAGCAAGAGGAGGAGCGCGCGCGGAAGGAGCGGGAGCUCGAGAAGCAGCGGAUCCAGCGCAAGCUCGACGAGGAGCGCCGCGAGCAGGAGCGCCGCAAGCGCCAGGAAGAGGAGCAGGCGGCUAAGGAGGCUGCCCGACGACGGCGGGAAGAAGAGGCGCGCGAGCAGGUCCUCCAUGGGCUGAAGCGCGGCUCGAGCACGACGAAGCGCCACCGACUCAUUGAAGAGGACGAGGACGGCGCGAGCUCCUCCCGCGCGUCCUCCGCCGUGCCACUGACUCGCGAGGAGAAGCGCGAGCGCAAGAUGCAAGCGGAGCUGCGGAAAGCGUACGGGCUGCCGAAGAGCACGAAGAAGGGCGCCGGGUACAGCAAAUAUGGCGCACGCCUGCCCGGUGGCGCGAUGGACAUCGUGGACAACGGCGACGCCGCCGGCCCGUCGGGCAUGUCGACGAAGCAGCGGCUGCUGUCGACGCCGAUCGGGCUGACAAAGGUGUACCAGAACAAGCGCGACACGCGCACGACGGCGGAGGUCAUCGAGGCGAAGCAGCAGCCGCACACGCUCAAUGGCGAGGACGCGCGCCACUUCAACGACUGGUUCGGGCCGGGCAAGGAGGCGCGGGCCUCGGGCUCAGCAUCUCAUGCCUCGCUAUCCGGAAAGAAGUCUAUGUCGUCUCUACCACCCUCCCAGUCUACCUCCUCGAAGUCUUUCUCAGCGUCGCGCGCAGGUCAACAGAAACCCUCCACAAGUUCUGCAGCGCGACAAGGGCAGAAGCCUAACAAGCGCCCACGCUCGCCUGCACAUUCCGAGUACGACUCCGAGCCCGACGAGUACCGCAAGCAUCGCAAGAGACGUCCCUUUGAUGAUGAAGAACCUGUCAAUGUGCAAGAAGAAAUCUGGCGGCUAUUUGGCAAGGAUCGUGGUCGGUACGUCAAUAGGGACGUUGAAAGCGACGACGACAUGGAGGCGGAUGCGAUGGCUGUCGAACGCGAGGAGAAGCUCAGCGCACGUUACGCUAAAGAAGAGGAUCUCCGGGCCGCGGAGGAGGAGCGCCGUCACGAAGAGGAGAAGCGGCGGCGCAAACUCAUGAAGGAGAAGGAGAAACGGGGGAAGGCUUGAUUCUGGAACGCCACCGUCGGAUGGACAUCCUGAUCGCAACCUAUCCUAUGCAUCUUUCACAUAUCAUUUAGCACUAUUCCUGCCAUGCUUUCGCUAUGUUGUCCCAGUGCCGCUUAUGCAUAACUAACCUUCAGAUCUCUCGCCUUGUAUACGCAUCGUAUUUACUGUAUACUUCCAUUUCAUCUGUCGUGGCAAGCUAUGACACGGGCAUCCGCUACAACUUGAUCCCCAAACCUGAGAGGCACGUACGUUGACGGUCAGGCAGUCA